AUGAAGUCGCAGAGAGUAGUACAGCUCCAGGUGGGCAUAGUAGGUUGCGGCAUCGCUGGACUUACAGCAGCCAUCGCUCUUUCAAGGGCCGGUCACGCCGUUGACAUUUUCGAGCGCUCUCGAUUCAACAAUGAAACUGGCGCUGCUAUUGUCAUUGGCCCCAAUGGCUCUCGUCUCCUCUCAAACUGGGGUUUCGAUGUCGAGGCAGCAGGCGGACUCGACUACUGCCAAAUGCGCCGCAUCAAAGCUGACACCAUCCAGCUGGACUCGGAGACCAAAUUUGACAAUAUCAAGGAGCAGUAUGGCGACAGGUGGCUGCUCCUUCACCGAGCAGAUCUGCAUACUGGCUUGAAAAAUCUGGUUGAGAAGCUGCCUGUCCCAACGCCAAACAUUCGACUUGGAUCUGCCGUAUCCGAUGUGGACCCUGAUAGUGGUACCAUUACCCUUGCCACCGGUGCUAUCGUGGCGAAGGACCUGGUUGUUAUAGCCGAUGGAUCACAUUCCCAACUUAUCGUCAAGAUCACGGGCACAGAGGAACCUGUGGUCCGGCUGCCUAUGUCCAUGUACAGAUUUCUGCAGCCAAUUGAUAAAAUCAUGGCGCGCCCUGAGACUGCGCAGUUCUACAAGGACCAAGCCCCAGGUUUCUCUACUUUCUACAAGGCCCAAGUCGGGCGCCCAGGACACCUGCUUAACACAUACCCAUGUCGUGGCGGUUCCCUAAUCUACUGUGCGUUACUGCAUCCCACAAAGGACAAGGAGCGAGAGCUCGAGGGCUGGAGUACUCCCGCGGACUAUCAAGACGUUGUUGCAGAUGCACAAGGCUUCCAUCCUGCAGUCCAGGCUAUCUGCGAAGGCGCCACCGAUGUCAGAGUCUACAACCAGAUGUAUCGCAACCCGCUACCAACUUUCGUCAAGGGUAAGGCUGUCCUAGUUGGGGAUGCUGGACACCUGAUGCUUCCAACACAUGGUCAAGGUGCAUCUAUGGCCAUGGAGGAUGCUGCCGCCCUCGAGGUCUUGUUCUCAAGACUUUCCACGGCCGGUGAGGUCCAAAGCAGAUUGAACAUCUUCAACGAUCUACGACUGCCCCGCGUGCGAGCUGGGCAGACGAUGUCCAACAAGAUGAUGGGCCCGCCGGACAAGCUGAUCGCCGAAGUUAGAAAGUACUAUGAUGGCGAGAUCCCGGGUCCGACUGCGAAGACAUUUGAUCCAGAAUACAACAAAUUCUGGUUCACAUACGAUGUCUUCGCGGAAGCCACUCAGAAGUUGCAGGCGCAGUAG